AAACAAUUACAGCUUUUGGUUUUCAUAACCUUAAAUUCGAAACUGGUAUCCUAGAUACGUUACUGCUGCCUAAUUAAAGCUGGGCUGUUCAAUGACUUCUGAAGACUAUGCAAUGACAAAGUUCGAAGACUAUUAUUGGUUGGUCGAAGGUUUGGGAAGAAAACCUAUUCAGCCACAAUUUAAUGGUACUUUUGUUGCGUUAUGCAUGGAACGCAGGACAAAAAUGUUUUAUGCUGUUAAAGUGAUACAAAAGAAGGUUACAAAACUCGAUUGUCUUAACAUUAAACAGUUGACUUCUCCUGAGAAAAAAAAUAUAGGCCAUUUGUUGACGCUUGAUCAUCAAAAUGUGGCGAAGUUGAAAGAAUUAUUUGAAACAUCUUUCUCAUUGCAUAUAGUCGUUGAAUUUGCAAAUGGUGAAGAACUCUUCCGGAGAUUAACUAAAAUGCCUAUCUACAACGAAAAAACGGUUGGUUAUUAUUUCAGACAAGUGGUUGAUGGUAUCAGAUACUUACAUGAAUAUGGAAUUAUUCACAAAAAUUUAAAACCUGAAAACAUACUGCUCAACACCAGAGACAGUGAUGCGAUUGUAAAAAUCACUGAUUACUCUCCUCAAUUAUUUACAACUUCAGAUUUAGAUUUAGAAAUGGUAUGCUUGACGACAACAUUUUGUGCACCUGAAUUAUUAUUAAGUAGAUGUUAUGAUAAAGCUAUUGAUCUAUGGGCACUAGGUAUAUUAUUGUAUAUAAUGUUAUGUGGAGAUGAUCCUUAUAAAUCGAAAUCUGGUAGUGAUUUAUAUCGUGCUAUACUUCACUGUGAUAUUGAGUUUAAAUCUCCUUCAUGGAAAUCAAUUAGUUUGGAUGCUCAAGAUGUUGUCAAACGUCUUUUAGUGGUAGAUCCAAAAUUAAGAAUCAUUACACCACAUUUGUUGAGUCAUCCAUGGUUUAUCAUGUUAGAUGAAAAUGAAAAACAUUUAGAUUCAGUACAAGAGAAACUAGAACAUUUUAACAAACAGCGUUCAGAAAAAUAUUUUGGCAUAGAAUAUGAAGAAGACUGGAUAACAUGUGAAUAUAUGAAGCUACCGCAAAGAAGCACAGAAACAGUUCUACCGAAUGUGUAUGAUGAGGAUGUAGAAGCAGAAACAGUAAUUGACAAGAAUGAAUUAAUUGAUACAACUUCUGAUCAAUUCAUAGCAAGUUCAUUGAAGAACUUACUUCAUGAAUAUCAUUUAUUGAAUGAUCAAAAUUCAAUAUUAAAUGAACAAGAUCUACAUGGAACAAAUCAAGAAAAUCAAGUAUUAAAUGAUGAAAAUGAACCAUUUGAUGUUACCAUGAUGAACAGUAAUGACAAUGAGCAUAUGUAAAGGAUCACUUAUGAUGUGAAUAAAUGUAAUCAUCUUAUUGUAUGACUUAGAUUUCUCGAAUAACUUCAAACUUUCUACACUAUUUUACAUUUAUUUUUAAUGAUCAAGUAGAUUCUUAAGAAGAUGAUAUAUUAUAAAUGUAGUUUACUCAAUAAACGAGAAAUUGCUUUUAACUUUGUUAUAACAUAUUGUUGUAUUUUGUGAAAAACUGAUUAAUUGAGAUGCGUUUGUUAUUGAAAUCAAUGAAAAAUCAGGUGGCAAAUCAAGAAGCACUAGUCAUCUGACGUCGGUCUGUAAAUAAGUAUGCCAGAAUUAAGUACUUACUCACAAACCACCUUGGUGAGCAUAUUCCUAAUGUUGAAUGGUGUCUAGAUGGAACUCUUGAAGCUCUGAUGUUAAUAUGUGACUUUCGGAGUAAACCGAGUUGUUAGUGAAGUCGGACGUCAAUAGACUGCAUUUGAUGCUGUAGUUGUAACAUUUUAGGUUGGUUGGUUAGGAGUCAACCUCAAACAACUAAGCAUAUUCCAAAACAAUAUUGUUCAAGUGUUUAUUCACUUUCUUAUUUUGUACAAGCGUUAUGUUUCCUAUUAUCUUGUAUUGAAUGUUGAGAGGUUUUGGUUGUCUAAAUAAGUAACACCACACUCCACUGUGACUGUGCAAAGAUCGAAAUAAAGAAUUAUUCA